UGUCAGUCAUGUGAUUAGCUUGUAUUAUCAAUAAGAAAGUUGUGAGAUAUAUUUCAAUUCAUAUAAAAUUUAAUAGCGGCUCAGAAAAAUUGGUUAUUGUUUCAUACAACUUAAUAACUAUCAUGGAAUUGACAGAAGGGAACACACUUAGUUUAGAGGCAGUGUCGGUUCUACUUGACAAACUUGCUUUAAAGCAGCUACACCUGAUGGAAGAAAAAAUGCAGAAUGUAAUUAAUGUUGAGACCAGGAUUCAUGAAGGUAGCAUACAUCUUGCUAAAUCGAGAUACAUAAUGGGACAAACCUCAGUCAGCACUGCUAGACUUCCUACUGAAAGCAGUCCAGAGUUUUCUGCUUCUGUACUUGUUCAAUCUUCAGAACACCAACAAUUUCAGGUGGUAGAGAAUAAAGCUGAAGAUACCAUAAAUCCACUUAAAUGGUUUGGGAUAUUAGUGCCACAAAAUAUGCACAAGGCUCGAGAAAUAUUCCAGAACACAGUAAGGUAUGUGGUGGAAUGCGCUGGGAUUCAGUACCAAAUACAUCAAAACAUGACUGACUUUGGUAUACUUCAAAGAUAUAAAGAAUAUGUUAAAUCUGUUUAAGGAAUCUUAUUUAGGGAAAUAAAAAAGGACCAUUCAAUUGAUUUAUUUUAUUAACUAUGAAUAAUUUGGUGAUUGCUAGACACAGUGGAUGAGUCCACUGACAGUAUUAUUGUACUGCAUAAGCACAUUUUUGUUUGCACAUUGCUGUUUUGAUAACAAAGUCCCUAAUGGGUUUUACUUAAGUACCAUCAAUAAUGUUAAAUAUUAAGUAACAAAUUGUAAAUAAUAUAUUUGAAGUUGAUGUUUUUUGUAGAAGAUUUCAUAAUUGAACUAAAGAAAGCCCAUACUAAUAACAGUGGUUAAUUGUUGGAAUAUCCCUUGGAGUGCCGGCUCGGCUUAGAAUAAAAUCAAAAUUUCUAUAACUCAUAAUCAGUCGAAUAUUUUUUCGUUUUUGAAUUUCUUUCACUAUCUGUCAUUGGGUAAUUGCAAUUUUCUAUAUACUUAUGCAUUACUUGCAGGACAAAUAAAUAGUGGUACAUGUAUAUUUGUAGGUAUUAUUUCUGGUAACAGGGUGCCCAGCCAAUGUGCGAAUUGUUUAUGCUCAAUAGUAGUCUUCUCUCUAUCCUUAUUAGCACAAAAGAGAUGUUGUGUUUAGUUAACUAUGGAGCAUAAAUGAUUAGCAUGUAGGCUAAGCAUACUGAGCUUUGAUGAUCCAAAACAAAUUAUUAAUAAAUCAUUAUCUCAG